UGUGUUUCUCCAGGGUUAGUGAGAACUGAAUUCAAUUCACGUUUUUUGGGUGAAACACAGGACAAAUCUGCUGUUUUGUACUCUCAGUAUAAGCCUCUGGAAGCCGUCGACGUUGCUGAUGCCGUCGUCUACGUCCUGAGCGCUCCUCCUCAUGUGCAGAUUGGAGAUGUUCAGAUGCGAUCUGUGGAGCAAAUGACUUAGAGUUGCAUCAGGAUGAAUUUAAUCGCGAUUCUUUUAUCUAUAAGUCUCAAAGAAAGUGACAACUCAGAUUUAAUGUCUGCUUUGAGUUGCAUCUUUUACUGCAAACAGAGUUCAAACCUGCGUAAAACCUACAAAUCAAUAUUUUAAACAAUCCUGAAAGACUGAAUACAAUAAAGAUGUACUAUUAUUCUACUGGUUUCCAUUUGGUAAAACAUGCAGGAGGUCUUGUUGAAAGAACCAGCAUCAUCUUUCUCAUGUUAAUGAGCACUGACUCACACAGAAACCUACGUUUCCUGCAUUCUGGUGUAUUUUACAGGUUCCUAAACAUACGUUUACCUACAUAAAAACACUUGAUUAAAUAA